AUGGCCGGCAACAGCUCGCUGGUGGGGAGGGUUGACCUUCAAGCCAAGUCUAACUUCAACAGCAUCAUAAACUUUAUCCAAGUUCUGAUGGCCGUCUUCCUCGCCAUCAACGUCUUCCAGCUGGUGGCUUUGUUCUCCAAGGAGCAGUUUACGUCGUCCACGCGCUACAUCCUGUUCGGCAACAUGCUGCUCAACGACUGCUGGUUCCUGCUGGUGAGCAACCUGCUGCUCCUCUUCUACUUCUUUGACGUGGCCACCGAUCUGCGGCUGUGCCUGCUCAUCUACUUCUUCCUGGCCAUCUCCAACAUGGCCACGGCGUGCACCUUGACCGCCAUGACCCUGGAACGCUACGUGGCCGUGUGCGUGCCCCUGCGGCACGCCGACCUGUGCUCCGGCCGGCGAGCCCUGGGCGCCGUGGCGCUCAUCGGCGCCGUGAGCUCCGUACCUUGCGCGGUGUUCUUCACGGCCAUCCUCCCGUCGGUGAUCCGGCGCAACUUUGCGGAGGAGCUCAGGUGCAGCGCUCAAAACCUAGAAGCGUACCCGUGGCACAACUAUCUGAGGUCGGCCAUGUUUCUCCUGUACUUCAUGGUCAUGGCCGGCGUCAUCGUCUUCUGCUACGUGCGCAUCACGAAGGCGGCCAACGCGGCGUCGGCCGGGGACCGGGCGGCGUCCCGGAAAGGUCUGGGCACGGUGAGCCUUCACGCCUUUCAGCUGCUCCUGUGCCUCUUGUACCUGCUGGUCCCCAUGGCGGAGAAGGCCAUCGAGGGCCAGAACAACACCUUGUUCCAGUACAUCCGCACCUUCAACUACGUGGUGUUGAUUCUCACCCCGCGCUGCCUGAGCCCUUUGGUCUACGGCCUCAGGGAUGAGAUGUUCUUUAAGGUGCUCAAGUCGUACGCGCUCUGCAGGCGUGCUAGGCGGGAAAGCCAGCUUGUAGGUUGUCGCCGCGGGCGCCGCCGCGGGCGCCGCUGUUGGCGGCUUUCCGAGACGUAA